AGACUCACUGUGACGGUGGUAGCCUGCGUUUCGACUCCCCCCUGGCUGUCACUCCUAAGGAGCCUAUUGUAGAGGUGUACUCCUGCUCUUACUGCACUAAUUCUCCCAUAUUCAACAGUGUUCUGAAGCUUAACAAGCACAUCAAGGAGAAUCACAAAAACAUUCCGCUGGCACUUAACUACAUCAAUAAUGGAAAGAAGACGUUGCACGCUCUCAGCCCCUCGUCUCCGAUAUCAGUGGAACAAACGUCCAUGCUAAAGCAAGGCAGCUCAGCAUCACGCUCCUCCGGUGAGUUCAUAUGUAACCAGUGCGGGGCCAAGUACACCAGCUUAGAUCUUUUCCAGACUCACCUGAAGACUCACCUGGACGGCUUGCAGCCUCAACUCACCUGCCCGCAGUGCAACAAAGAGUUCCCAAAUCAGGAGUCCCUGCUGAAGCACGUCACCAUUCACUUCACCAUCACCUCCACGUACUAUAUAUGUGAGAGCUGUGACAAGCAGUUCACUUCUGUGGAUGACCUGCAAAAGCACCUGCUGGACAUGCACACCUUUGUGUUCUUUCGUUGCACUCUCUGUCAGGAGGUGUUUGACUCAAAGGUGUCUACUCAGCUCCACUUGGCUGUGAAGCACAGCAAUGAGAAGAAAGUGUACCGUUGCACCUCCUGCAAUUGGGACUUUAGGCACGACACGGAUCUGCAGUUGCACGUCAAACACAGCCACCUGGAGAACCAGGGUCGGUCCCAUCGUUGCAUCUUUUGCGGGGAGUCCUUUGGGACGGAGGUGGAGCUGCAGUGCCACAUCACCACCCACAGCAAAAAGUACAACUGCCGCUUCUGCAGCAAGGCCUUCCACGCUAUUGUGCUUUUGGAGAAACAUCUGAGAGAGAAACACUGCGUGUUUGAAGGAAAGGCACAAAACUGCGGCGCCAAUGGGUCUGCCGUGAGUGGUGCGGACGGUCAGCCAAAAGAUGAGGCAGAGUUGCAUGGUCUCCUUACAAACAGCCAUGGCACAGGGACCACAGGUGGGUCUGUGGUGGAGUCCCAGAACAGCCAUGACGGAAGUGAAGAGGAGGUGGACACUGCAGAUCCCAUGUAUGGAUGUGACAUCUGUGGAGCCUCUUACACUAUGGAUUCUCUGCUCACGAACCACCAACUGAGGGACCACAACAUCCGCCCCGGUGAGAGUGCAUUGAUGAAAAGAAAAGCCGAAAUGAUUAAAGGAAACCACAAGUGCAAUGUAUGCUCUCGCACCUUCUUCUCUGAGGCCGGUCUGAGGGAGCAUAUGCAGACCCACCUCGGGCCCGUCAAGCACUACAUGUGUCCCAUCUGCGGGGAGCGUUUCCCGUCUUUGCUCACCCUGACCGAACACAAGGUUACCCACAGCAAAAGUCUCGAUACGGGCAGCUGCCGUAUCUGUAAAAUGCCGCUACACAGUGAAGAGGACUUCCUGGAGCACUGUCAGAUGCACCCUGAUCUGAGGAACUCCCUGACAGGCUUCCGGUGCGUGGUGUGCAUGCAGACAGUCACGUCCACGUUGGAGCUCAAGAUCCACGGUACCUUCCACAUGCAAAAAACCGGCACCAUGACCUCCAACCAACCUGUUGGCCGCAGCAACGCCAUCUGUCACAACCAGCAGCAGCUCCAUGCCCAAAAACCUUUCAAGUGUGCUUCUUGCUUGAAAGAUUUCCGCUCCAAGCAGGACCUGGUAAAAUUGGACAUCAACGGCCUGCCAUAUGGACUGUGUGCUUCUUGUGUGGUCAACGCCGGUUCCAAGAGCUCCAGCCCGACUAUGAACGGAGGGAGACAGCAGCAUGGUGGUGCCACCACCCCGGCGCCGAACAAUGCUCAGUGGAUCCAAGGAGAACGUCUCAGCCCAGCAGAGGGGAAAGGCAAAGUUAUCUCCUCCUCGUCGUCUGCCUCGUCGACGUCCUCAACUUCGGCCGCCAAGACACGAUGCUCGAGCUGCAAUGUGAAAUUUGAGUCGGAAGCGGAGUUGCACAACCAUGUCCAGACGGUACACCGCGACCAAGGAGGGGACAGUAACAGCGGACAACUCAAGACCCCGCAGAUGUCCCCCAUGCCUAGAUCAAGUCCAUCCCAAACUGAAGAGAAGAAGACCUACCAGUGCAUCAAAUGUCAGAUGGUCUUCUACAGUGAAUGGGACAUCCAAGUUCACGUGGCCAACCACAUGCUGGGCCCACAAGUAUCUGGAUCACAUCACCAACUAGAGGAGGGUUUGAACCACGAGUGCAAACUGUGCAGUCAGUCCUUCGACUCGCCGGCCAAGCUUCAAUGUCACCUUAUCGAGCACAGCUUUGAGGGAAUGGGCGGAACCUUCAAGUGUCCCGUCUGCUUCACAGUGUUCGUGCAGGCCAACAAGCUCCAGCAGCACAUCUUCUCCGCUCACGGCCAGGAAGAUAAGAUCUACGACUGCUCGCAGUGCCCUCAGAAGUUCUUCUUCCAGACGGAAUUACAGAACCACACGUUGACUCAGCACAGCAGCUAACGUGGCGCGGACGAGCGACACAAAGCGGGACGUGAUGCGGGAAAUGCAGCCCGACCGCCAAUUACGGACGGCCCCACUCGUCGUCACGCUUCAAGGAUUCAGCUGCAGAAAACAAAGAAAGCGAUGUGAGCAUAAAAAAUGAAAAAAGAGCGGCAAAAGAGAAACCUUGCCCUUGGUUUGCUUUAAAAAAACAAAUUGUAAAUAGACUUCUUCAUGCGUUGCUUUACUUCCUGCAGCUAUAUUGCUUAUACGCUAUUUGCCAAUGUACAGUUGAACAUGUCUGACUUUAAAAGAACCAAUCAUGGGAUUUGUGUAAAGAGGCGAAUGAAACCGGAGGAGUGUUUGCAUCAGCAGCGUGUCGCUCCACAGCCCGCGCUUGGUCAAUCAUGAGGGCGGACCCUGAAGGAUCCGGUCUCCCGGAUCUGGCCCGGGAGCGUAAAGAGGCAAAGCGGGACAGGAGGCUGAAAUAUGCAAACGCAGUGACACUCGCCAUCUGACUCCACAUCCACAUUUUUACUCUUGAUGUUUACUGCUCCUCACAGCCUGGAGAUGACUGGAAUUGUUUUUCAAAGGUUUUGUUAUACAUUUGUUCUGAGUGAAAUUACAUUUCAAUCUGAGGGGGGGUUAUAAUAUAAAUAUAUAUAUAUAUAUAUAUACGCAAAUACAGCCUGUCUGAGGCGUGUAUUUUACUUACUUUCCCGGCUCUCCUGGAGAGUGGCCGAGUGCUGCCCACCUUCUCUCCCCUCUCGCUCUCUCUGCUCAAGCUGGAAGCCACUGUGGCAUUAAAUGUUACAACAACAACUAAAAAAAAAGUUUUGCAUUCAUUAAACCCGAGAUGCACUUUUGUAUGAAACUUUCAUGUUUUGACAUUUUGACUUGAGAAUCGUUCGUACACAGUUUACGGGAAAAUCGCCAUCUCCUGCAGCAAGAGAGAUGCUAUCUCCAGUGUUACUCCCAUGUAUUGUACAAAUAUGGAGCUCUGUGUUUGGGCAGACCUCGGUUUUUUGUGUUGCACAUGUGAUGGAAAUAUUAAAAAAGUAUGAGGAAAA